AUGUCUUCGCGCUACUAUGGAAUGUCAUUGAGUUUGUCACAGCGGUCCCUAUACGCAGUAAAUUAGUAUUCCAAAUAUUGACUUCAUUCUCCCAAUUAGUGAAAACAGAAAAAUUAAAAGCCACAUUUAAAUUGAACUAUAACGAAUCGCCGAGCAAAUUCAUUGCGCAUAGAUAUUUAGAAUGGCGUUCAAUUUUCCAGCAGUUACCUAUAUUGUGGCGUUAAUAUCGGACGCAUUUUUGAUCUUUUUUUCGAUAUUUCACGUGAUUGCAUUUGAUGAAUUGAAAACCGAUUACAAAAAUCCAAUCGAUCAAUGCAACAGCCUGAAUCCGCUGGUAAUUCCGGAAUAUUUGUUGCAUCUGUUUUUCAACGUUUUAUUUUUGUUCGCUGGUGAAUGGUUUUCAUUAUUGCUCAAUAUCCCACUUAUCGCAUACCAUGUGUUCAGAUACAAGAAUCGACCAGUAAUGAGUGGCCCCGGUUUGUACGAUCCAACGUCCAUUAUGAAUGCCGACACUCUGUCAAAAUGUCAACGAGAAGGAUGGAUCAAAUUGGCCGUGUAUCUACUGUCAUUCUUCUACUACUUAUACGGAAUGAUUUCAUCACUUAUUUCAACAUAAUUGCUUCACACAGUCAAUUCAAUUCGUGAUUCAUAGAUAAUCCUCAAAGUGUUUCUUCUUGUGUGUUUAGUUUUAUUGUAGGGCCAGUUAAAGUUCAUUUGUUAUUACCUAGCAAACUCAGGUCAAGUGUAUUGAUGUCAGCGACGAAUUAUAUCAUAAUUGAAUGACGAACUGAUAAACCUUCAAUUCAAAAUUGUAAUACAAAAUCAUAUGUAAUUUUGGGCCAUAACACUUGUAAUGGUUAUUUAUUAUUUUUUCGAACAAAUCUUUUUUUUAAUGGCACCAUUAAUUUCGGUGCAAGGGCUUUUCAAUGCAAACAUCUUUGAAUGUUAAUUUAACAAUCCUUUUGUAAUUUUUUUGUAAUAUCAGAAUCUGAUAAAAACUCAUGAGAUUUAAGAUACAAACAAUAACAUCAUA